UACAAAAACAAACUGAACCAUUUAAUUCGCAUCGCAAAACGUAAAUACUAUGAUACUAAGUUUGAGAGUGCCAAAAAUGACCUUAGAACAACUUGGAAAUUGAUUAAUGAGGUUAUAAAUAAGCGUAAAAGUAAAUCACCUUUACCUUCAUCACUUGCAUCUGAGGGUAAAACGAUAACGAGUCCUGUGGAAAAUGCUGAUAAAUUCUGUAAAUACUUUACUAAUAUUGGCCCCAACCUAGCUAGAGCAAUACGCGACUUAAAUUUCUCAUUUAGUUCUUUUCUUGGUGGUGUUAACCAUCCUCCUAUCAUCCAGCACCCUACCGACCCCUGUGAACUGGGAAGCAUUUGUGGCAUGGUUGCCUCGGGGAAGGCCCCCUGCUAUGACAAUAUUUCAAUGCGUGUAAUUAAACACUCAUUUCACCUGAUUUCUGUCCCUCUGGCCAACAUCAUAAAUCUGUCUUACAAAAAGGCAUCAUCCCUGAUAAACUAAAAAUUGCUAAAGUGAUUCCUAUUUACAAAGCAGAUGAUCCUAUUCAUUUUACAAACAACAGACCCAUUUCUUUGUUGUCCAUGCAAUUUUUCCAAAUUUUUUGAAAAAGUAAUGUAUAAUCGCAUGAUUGAAUUCGCCGAGCAGUAUAAUAUACUAUACCGCUGCUAGUUUGGAUUUCGUGAAAACUAUUCAACGUCCCAUGCUCUAAUCCAUCUGAUAAAUAGAAUCUCUUCGGCAAUUGACCAGCGUGAAACUACUGCAGGUGUUUUCCUAGAUCUCUCCAAAGCUUUUGACACUCUUGAUCAUCAAAUCUUAUUCAUCAAGCUGGAGCACUAUGGCAUCCGUGAUGUGGCUCUGCAGUGGAAAAAAAGCUACUUUUCUUGCCGUCAGCAAUUCGUCUAAAUUAAUCAAACUUUUUCCUCAAUGCAGACCGUUAAGUGUGAAGUUCCUCAAGGAUCCAUGUUAGGCCCCUUAUUCUUCAUACUUGACAUAAAUGAUCUUCCCAACGCCUCCAAGUUAAGUGAGCUUCUACUUUUUGCUAACGACACGAGUAUCUUUUUUCACACUUUAAUCCGAACUACUUAGAGAAUGUUCUUAAUAACGAGUAACUAAAUAUUGACGUUUGGUUAGGUGCAAUAAGCUCUCAGUUAAUAUCAAAAAGACAAAUUGUUACCUUUAGUCCGAGUCAGAGGAAAGUCACUCACAGUUUUUCUCUCUCUUUUGGAGGUCAACCUCUAAUUCAAAGCAAUGUAACUAAAUUUCUUGGGGUGCACCUAGACGAACAUCUUACUUGUAAAUAUCACAUAAACUUUGUCUGUAAACAAAUCGCUAAAGCAAUCGGUAUUUUUUCCAGAACGCGUUUCUGCUUAUCUUGUAAUACCAAACUCACGCUGUACUACACAUUAAUUUAUCCUUAUAUUGCUUCUUGUAACUGCACGUGGUCUUCUACUUACGUAUCUAAUUUAUAAUUAAACAGAAUUUACUAUCUACAAAAGCGGGCUGUGCGAGCUAUUACAAAUUCAGAAUAUUGAGCGCAUACCGCUCCUCUAUUCUCCAAAUUGGAAAUUCUAGAUAUUUUCCAAGUUAAUACGCUCGAUACUGCUAAAUUUAUGUUUCGCUACCACAAUAAUCUGCUGCCUCCACUCUUCCGCAAUCUGUUUAUG